AUAUUGAAGAAAGUGAAGAAAAUUUUAGUGAAAUCACAAAUAAUAUUGGAGAAAUUGAAGAAAAUUCUAGUGAAAUUACAAAAACUGACAAUGAUGACAUGAUAGAAUCAAGGUUAAUACCACCUUUACCUCUAAACAAAAAGAAAUUAUCUAAUGAAAGAUUAUUAGCUAAUAAUAAAAGAUUUAAAAAACUUAAUUAUGAACUUCAAGAAAUUUUAAGUGAAUUUGAAGCUGCUAUUUGGUUAGCUAAAUACUCACAUAUACUUGAUUUAGCAUUUGAGAUAUACAAUACAAUAUCACAAACUUUAGAAAAUUCUCAAGAAUCUUCACCAAAAUUAAAGUUUUCAUUGAGUGAUAGAAU